CUCAGAGAGGGCGUGUUUUUCUGUUGGUACACCAUCAAUAUCGCACAGAGGCUGCAAUCUAUUCCUCUAAGAAGAAUAAGGAGAAUCAGGGAAGCAGGAGGAAGACUCAAGGUGCUGCUGAGGUUGGAGAGGGAGCUGAUUGCAGACCAUCGCUGUUUAGCCUGCAAGAGCAAGACAAUCCAGCAGCAGGGUGCAUAUGUGAGAGAAGAAAAGCAAGAGUGGCGAAGAAAGAGACAGUGAGCAGCGGAUUCCAGGGCUGGGAGCAGGGGGUGCUCGCAGUGACCAGGCCGGGCUGCUCGCAGUGACCAGGCCGGGCUGCUCGCAGUGACCAGGCAGACGUGCCGUACCCUUAAUCAGUGUUCAGCAGCUGACCUCAUUCUACCUGUGCUCAGGAGGAAUCGUGGGAUUUUUUUUUUUUUGUAUGUUGGCUGCCUGUCACUGAGCAUUCGAGUGGGUGCUGCUUUGAUGGAAUAGUGAGCAAUGCCCUCCGCACAGUGUCACCAAGCUGGCAGAAGGGGACAGUGCGUCCCCUUCCCACUAGGCUUGCUUCUCCUUCUCCUGUCACUUGCCUUGGAACCAGGCCAGGCUGUGAUGCAUAUCCCUGCUAAAUACCAAAUAAGUGAAUUCAAGCAGCCUCCCAUAAUAACAGUACAGCCUGAGUCACUGACCGCAUUCGCACCUGAAGACAUCAACCUGACCUGUGAGGCAACUGGGAAUCCGCGGCCCAGUUUCCGUUGGGUGAAGGAUGGGGAGGAGUUUGACCCCACCAGCGAUCCCCAGUUGACGACAUCACCGAAUUCUGGAUCAUUUUUUGCUUCUGGGAAUGACCCCAUCAGCCAGUAUGAGGGCAAAUACAGCUGCUAUGCCUUUAACAGCCUCGGCACCGCCGUCUCUAACGAAGCGCAGAUAAUAAUAGAAAAUGCCCCAAUGCAUGUGAAAGAGAAGAAGAUCAGGAAGAAAGCUGAGGAGGGGGACAGUGCAGUUCUGAACUGUAACCCUCCCCUCAGCACUGUGCCCCCAAACAUUCACUGGAUGGACAAGAAUAUGCGCCACAUAGAGCAAAGUGCCCGUGUGACUCAGGGUCAAGAUGGAAACCUCUACUUCGCCAAUGUGAAAGCUGAUGAUAGCCGCAAUGACUACAUCUGCCACGCCCAGUAUAUCAGCGCCAGAACUAUCCUGCCCAAGGAGCCUAUUUCCCUCAUUGUCACCACCACAAACUCAGUAGUGCGAAACCGGAGACCUCACUUGCUGCUUCCCACGAACUCCCACAGCACCCACCUGGCCCUCCGUGGCAAGAAGCUGGAGCUUGAGUGCAUUGCAGAGGGCCUCCCCACUCCCACUAUCCAAUGGGUGAGGAAAGAUGGAGCUCUGUCUGAGUCGCGCAUCUCCAAGCAGAACUUCAAUCGGCUGCUGCUCUUCACUAAUGUCUCAGAGAGUGAUGAUGGGGAGUACCAGUGCACAGCUUCCAACAGCCAAGGCGUAGCCAUGCACAGCUACACCAUCACCGUGGAAGCUGCCCCAUAUUGGAUAAAACAGCCCGAGAGCCAAAUUUAUGCCCCCGGAGAAACUGUGAGGCUGCACUGCCAGGCAGAAGGGAUCCCCACCCCCAGCAUCACAUGGAGCCUCAAUGGAGUCCCUACCUCAGGCGUGGAGCUGGACCCCAGGCGCAGUGUGGAGGGGGGCACCCUGAUCUUGGAAGAUGUGCAGCCCACUGACACUGCCAUAUACCAGUGUGCUGCCUCCAACACUCACGGCACUGCACUCCUCAAUGCCUAUAUCUACGUCAUUGAGCUGCCCCCUCAGAUUCUCACAGAUGACGGACUGUCUUACAGUGUGACGGAGGGACAGACAGCUCAGCUCAACUGUGAGUCUUUUGGCUCUCCCAAACCCAGAGUCACAUGGGAGAGUGAGAGCUCUGACAUGUUGCUGAGUGAUCCCAGGGCAUCCCUAUUGGCCAGUGGUUCCCUACAGAUCACAAAAGUCUCCAAGGAGGACCAAGCUACCUACAUCUGCUCUGUGCUCAGUACAAACCUGUCUAUAACUGCCAAUCUCGAGGUUUUGAAUAAAACAGUGAUAGUGUCUCCACCGGAAUCGCUCCGUGUUCAGCAUGGAGAUAUGGCCGUGUUGAACUGCCAAGCUCAGGUGGACAGCAAGCUGAUGCCACCUGUCUUUCAGUGGAGGAAGAAUGGGCAGAAGAUUUUCGAUUCUCCCUCUGAUGACAAGUAUACAGUGGAUGGUUCCACCCUCAUAGUGUCUCACAUUCAACAUGAGGAUGAGGGAAUGUACACCUGUAACGUAAUAACUCGUCUGGACAUGGCCCACGCCAGUGGCUCCAUCAUCAUCAUCGACAAACCAGAUCCUCCCUUGCAUCUGAUAAUGUUGGAUAUAACAGAUCGUGGCCUGACGCUCAGUUGGAAACCAGGCGAUGACCACAACAGCCCUGUUCUUGAGUUUAUGGUGGAAUAUGAGGAGGAGCAGUUUGGAAAGGGAGAGUGGAUAGAGGCUAUUCGUGUCUCCGGGGAGAUGGAUCAAGCCUACAUUCCGCUGAGGCCCUUUGGCACUUACCGCUUCCGGGUCACGGCCGUCAAUGAAGUGGGAAAGAGCAAACCUACCGUUCUAACUGACAUUCACAGAACUCCCCCUGCUGCACCAGACAUGAACCCAGAGGAUGUUAGGAGUGAGUCCGUUGACCCUGACAUCUUGGUGAUCACAUGGGAGGAAAUGGACCCACAGACCUUCAAUGGCCCUGGCUUCAAGUACAGGGUGAUGUGGAGACGUACAGUUGGUCAGGGGCCACAGUGGCACCAUAAUUACACCAGUAUGCCACCCUUCAUUGUCCCAGAUGUUGGCACCUUCACCCCCUUUGACAUAAAAGUGCAGGCCAUCAAUGACUUUGGGGAGGCCCCAGAUCCUGACCCUGAAAUUGGGUACUCUGGGGAAGAUGUUCCCUUGGAGGCGCCCCUUGGUGUUGGGGUGGAAGUGAUGAAUAGCACUGCAGUCAAGGUGAAGUGGGCACCUGUGAACACACAGUCUGUAAGAGGGCAUCUGCUGGGCUACAAGGUCCAUCUGAGGAGACUGGGCUCUAGGAGUGGGCGAGAGCGUCGGGGAAAACGAGAGAUGGACAAGGAGAAUGUGGUGACAGUGAAAACCGGGGCCAGUGAGGAGCACAAGGUGCUUGGGGGCCUGCAGCCGUUCUCCCAUUACACCACUUCCGUGAGCGCUUUCAACAGCAAGGGGGAGGGGCCACAUUCAGAGCCCAUAAACUUCCACACCCCGGAAGGAGUGCCCAGUCCGCCCACAUCCCUACACCUGGACAGCCCCUCGGACACAGAGCUGACCCUCCAUUGGACACCACCAGCCCACCCUAAUGGAAUCUUGAUUGGAUACUUCCUGCAGUACCAAAAAAUUUCAGACAACGAGGACGGCACCAUGCACAGCGAGACCAUUAACAACCAUACAGCUACUCACAUCAUGUUGCACAAACUGGACCCUCAGAGCCGGUACCGGUUCUAUCUCCGGGGGCAAACCAUGGCAGGAAAAGGAGAGGUUAUCAUUAAGGAGGGGGCUACCAUGCUGGAUGGAGGUCCUCCCACUAACAUCAGCAUAUCUGCUGGUCGAACAUACGCCAAUAUCAGCUGGGUGUCGGGGGAUAGACACCGGAAUGUUGCCUUUUACAUCCAUUACAUCAACAAGAACGCUAACAUUAAGUGGACUCGGUCCGAGACGCUGAACUCCACACAACGCUUCUACCAGCUGCAGGGUUUGGAGCCUGGAUGCAAAUACCGUCUACUCUUCAUCAGCAAUAAAACUUUCUGGGACACGGUUAUUCAGACCCAGGGAGAAGGGAUGAUACCGGUUCGGGAGGCUUUUGUCACUCAGGGCUGGUUCAUCGGACUCAUCAGUGUCAUUGUUGUGCUGCUGCUGGUACUGAUUAUUCUCUGCAUCAUCAAAAGGACCAAAGGGGGCAAGUAUUCAGUCAAAGAUAAGGAAGAAUGUCAAGUGGACUCUGAGGCCCGCCCUAUGAAGGAUGAGCAGUUUGGGGAGUACCGAUCUCUUGACAGCGACAUCGAAGAGAAAAGGACGCUGAGUCAGCGCUCCCUGUGUGUGGAGAGCAAGGUGGGAAGUGAAGGUAGUCUGACUGGACUUGCUGAAGUCAUCCAGGUGGACGGUCACACAGAUGACUCAGGCCUUGAGGCACAAAGCAGUGUGACAGAUCCUCCCGCCCCUGUCAGCCAAUCAGCUGAGCCGCCCGCUACCCAAGCUGCUCCUAGCUCUGUCACUGGAAUUCUGGACUAAGUGUAUGGGACCAAAUAGAGUAGCUAUCCACAGUCCAACACACCUGCAUGCCAACACACUGACCCAACCCGCAAAUACACUAACUGUUGCACUCAUACAAAAACUUGGUGGAAAUGGUGACUUAUACAUCAGCUUUGGGGCACUUUCUAAUUCAACCGGGACUGACAUUGUCUUCAUGGACUGCGAGUCUUACUGAUAUAGGGUGGCAAUCAGUCACUGCACUGACGCCUGUGCGUAAUUGCGGUGACGGAAAGAUAUGCUGAUGUACAUGCCACAUGCAGAGGGUUGUAUUCUGGAAAUAAUUCAUAAGCCCUAUUCAGAAGGGAUUAGUUUUACCCAGUGAGGUUCGGUAUUUAAUUCGCAAAGUGAUUCGAAAGGCCGGUUUGGACUGGAUCAAAAAACGUGUGUAAUGUCCCCAAAUUACCAAAGAUAGUGGAGAUAAAACUAAUUCCAUCCAGAUGUUAACGUCAGAGUUAAGGCAUCUAAAGCGUAUGGGGAAGAAUUUUCAUUUUUGAGUGACCUAUAACAAUGCUUUAACAUACUAAUCAAACACAAAAACAUGACUUUUUCCCCCCUCCGACCAUAACAGAGUAAUCGGGGUGCUCAGUAGUGUUGUACUUCUCUGUGUCUACAGAAUAGCUUGAUGCAGGAGAGGUUGUAGCUGCAGGUUGUUUUAUGUGGAAUCCUCAGUAGCCAUUCAAGCUACCUAUUUAGCAGAUAAAUGCUGUUUCUGUCUCACAAAAAAAAGACUGGACUACUAUUACUGAAAGAGGUCCAUGUUCACUGAAAUACAUAAGGUAAUUCACUCCUGAGUUUUUACUGUGGACGUUUGUAAUCAUUACAGGCAUGGCAGGCCUGUGUAAAAUUGCCGUUAAUUGCUUAAAUUACAUUAUGCCUCCCAGUAAAGCUAAUCCCUUCCAAGCAGGGCUGUAGACUUCCUGACGUUCAUCAAGUAGUAGAAAUGCAAAUGAGUCUUGUUCUCUCUCUCCUCCCCUCCAUUUUUACUCAUAAUACUUUCAUAUCUAUAUUGCCUUUCUUUAAAUCUUGAAAACCACGAUUAGGAAAGUGCGAGAAUCAAAUCGGAAUCCAUUACAAAGGCAACAUUCAAUGGAGGUGACUGAAGAAAAAAUAUGUCUUAAUUGCAAGAAUGUAGCCUGUAGUGCUGGACAAAGAAGAUGUGAGAGCUGCAGUACAGACUGACACAUGGAGACCUGAAACAUGUUCAAUAUGAGUAUAGAGACAAUGUAGUUUAAAGAUUGUUGGUUAUAGAUUGGAUGUCUUAAAGUGGUGUAUUUCUUUUAAAUACUAUCUGCCAUUUAAGUGUCUUGAAAAUCACAGUAUGUCUUAUUAGAAAAUAUCUGUGUUUACCAUUGUAAAGUAAGAACAAUCUUGAAUGUUUUUGUACCUGUCCUACGUUUCAAAACUUGCAUUCAAAAUAUGUUUUAGCUGAUACGACCGGGUUUAAUUUAGACUAUAUACUUAUAUAAAAAGAUUCAGAACAAUCACUUUAUUUUAUGGAUCCUUAUUGUAGAUAUUGGCAUUUAAUUUUCUGUGUAUCAAUGUAGGACAAAUUCACUGAGCGAUAUUUUUAAUAACACAACCGCCAAGUUUGAUACUGUAUAGAUAUAGGAUGGAUUAAAAUAUUUCUUUUAUAUCAGACUAUCAAAAAUGUGGUAAAAAAUAUGAGCUCAGUAGGCAAAUACUACAAAUUUAAUGUAUAUAAAAGGGACAUCUGACUAUUUAGCCAUAGAUAAUAGAAGACACUUUCCUUAUGGGUAUUUUUGUCCUUAAUGCUGUAUUGACACAUCAGGAAUUUGCUUUAUUAUUCUCAGAUUUUUUUCUCUUUCACCUUUUUUUGUGCAGUGGUCUGUAUGCCUUUCUGUCUCCAUGUUAUUGUGUAUUAAACUAUCUGCUAUACAUUGACAUACUCUCCCCUGCCACUAUAGCUGCAGAACUGCAGACUCUCUUCCAAAUAAAAUAAUAGUAGUGAGGGUUUUGUAAAUGUCUCACUUCCAUACACACACACAAAAUUACGAAGCAUCUUACUUUUAGACAUCCUAAUGAAACCCAUUUCUGUCACAUUAAAAAAAAAAAGAGUUUGCAACUUCAUUACUCAGAAUUUCGACUUUAUUUAUCCCAAUUUCUCAUAUUUCUUUAUUUCUCAUAACUCUGAGUUCUUUUCUAACCACCAACAAGUAGUCGGAGCAAUGACUUCUGCUCCUGCUUUAAGGAUUCAGUACAAAGUGCUCAGCAACCAUCAGACUGAACAUCACCUGUUUAAAAACCCGAAGGAUCUCUAUGAGUUUGUGACCUGCUAAACAUGCAAAUGCACUUCAAAAGAAAUUAAUCAAAUACCUUGUAUUUUAUCAGAAAAGAUGGAUAGAGGGUGUGAACAACAGAAAUAUGAGCUUAAAACACAGGAAUGGAUGCCACGGAAUGAUUAAAAAAUGUGUAAUUUAAAAAGUCAUAUAUAAUUGUGCAAAUUCAGUACUUCGAUUAUACUCAAUUUCUAAAAAGUAUGGAAGUGUUUUAGGGCAACCUAAAAGGAAAAAAGUUUUAUAUAUUAAGUUGAAGUCAAAAGCUUUGAGUUUAAAGUUUCCAGAGGUAGAAGCUGAAUUCUACAGAUAGCUUCUCCCUGCACAGCGGUUCCCUAAGUGUGUGUGUGUGUGUGUGUGUGUGUGUGUGUGCGUGUGUGUGUGUGUGUGUGUGUGUGUGUGUGUGUGUGUGUGUGUGUGUGUGGGGACCUUUAAUCACAAAAUGUUUUAUAAUUGUUUUUCCUUUUAGGUGUCACUAAUGCUCUUCUAUAUUAAAGAGCCUAAAUAAAUUAUAAAUAAAUGUCACCAUAGUCAUGCUAGAAUAUUACCAGGAAUAUGAAAAUAAAAAUGACGAUCAACUGCUGUUGCCAAAAAAAAGAGACAAAAACAAUGACAACACAAUUAAUCUCCACAAAUUCAGCAUAUCAAGGCCCUUAACCUCCCAGAAUGCUCCAGGGCUGCUGGAUAAAUGGCCUGACCUUGUGCUCAGACCCUCAGCUUCACUCUCAACUGAAUAUAUAUGAGUAUGUUUGUCUCAAAGUAGAGAAAGACGGGAUAUGCAAGACGAAGCAUUCCAGUGUACCUGUACUCAUACUUGUGCAAAUAGCAAAUAAAGCAAUGUUUCAUUACAUGAA